UCCGGCCGCGCGCUGCGGGCUCGGCUCUCGCCGCCUUCUUCCUGGAGGUUUGCUUUAUUUGGAGGGCGGGCGGCCUCAAGCUCUUUUCGUUGCGGAAAGUCUUUGAAGUCAGGGAUCUAGAAGAGUGUCCCUAGGCGACCAGGCCAGGCGUCUGCUGCUUGGUGACGCUGCUAUUCCGGGAAAGUGGAGGCAGAGGGCGCGGUCUUGGCCCGGCAGCCACUCGCUGAAGCCCCUGGCAGGGGUUCGCCAAGCUGUCCUGCCGGGUCCUUCCCCAUCCCCGCCGCCGCCGUGACAGCUGGGGGGCUAGGGAGCCGACUGGAGGAGACCCGCGCAUUGUCUGCCGCGCGAUGGGGACGUGGGCGUGCCGGCUGCCUUCACCUCCUCCCGGACCGGCAAUUGUAUUGUGUGGGGAGGAGCCGGACGAAAAGCCCUCGGGUAAGCUCGGAACCAGCACCUGGGCCUUCGGCUUGCUGGUCUGCUGAGCGGCUGUUCCCGGAGCCCGGAGCCUCCUGGCCAACCCGAGUGACAGCGACCUUCUGCUUAUUAUAGAGGGCUUAAAACGGCAGAAAGUUCGCGGGCCGCUGGCCACCAACCUUCAGCCCUGGCGGCCCACGCCCUGAGCCCAGUUCGGAGGAGGUGCUGUCUACGGAUCUGCAUUAGAAUUUAGGAUCCUGGAAGCCCCUCCCUCACCCCCAGGUUUCCAUGCUAGAGGAGGGAUUCGAAGCCUGCCUUUCCCGGGUCUCCUGAGCUCACUGCCGGGAAGCUGCUGUCUGCGUGUCCUGGAACUUAAAUUGUGUCAAGUUGUGAGCUGAGUGCCACCCCCCUCUGGAGAGAAGCGGGGAGGAAACCAGGACCCCGGGCACCCUGCACCUCUACUUCCAGGCUGGGUGGGUGAAGACGGGGUCUGCAGCCAGGAUCUACAGCCUAUUGAUGAAGCAUCUUCUUCCGUGACCAAAGCUCCAAGGUCAGGGACACUGUAAAUGGCUCGACUCCCUGCCGGCAUCCGCUUCAUCGUCUCCUUCUCCAGGGAUCAGUGGUACAGGGCCUUCAUUUUCGUCCUGACGUUUCUGCUGUACGCCAGUUUCCACUUAUCCCGAAAGCCCAUCAGCAUAGUGAAGGGUGAGCUGCAUAAGCACUGUGCUGGGGGUGAGGCUGAGCCCAGCUUCAGUGGCCAGAGCAGCAGCACCGGCCACAGGCCCCCUCGCCAGCUCCCGGACAACGAGACCGACUGCGGCUGGGCCCCGUUUGAUAAGAACAACUAUCAGCAGCUGCUCGGGGCCCUGGACUACUCCUUCCUGUGCGCCUAUGCUAUUGGGAUGUACCUGAGUGGCAUAAUCGGGGAGCGCCUGCCCAUCAGGUACUACCUGACGUUCGGGAUGCUGGCCAGCGGGGCCUUCACCUCCCUGUUUGGGUUGGGAUACUUCUACAACAUCCACAGUUUCGGAUUCUACGUGGUCACGCAGAUCCUCAACGGACUGGUGCAGACCACCGGCUGGCCCAGCGUUGUCACCUGCCUCAGCAACUGGUUUGGGAAAGGAAGGCGAGGGCUGAUCAUGGGCGUCUGGAACUCCCACACCUCGGUGGGCAACAUUCUGGGCUCCUUGAUUGCUGGCUACUGGGUGUCCACGUGCUGGGGCCUGUCCUUCAUCGUGCCUGGGGCCAUCGUGGCAGCCAUGGGGAUAGUGUGCUUCCUCUUCCUCAUUGAGCAUCCGAAGGACAUCAGAUGCUCCUCCACCCUGUCCAUGCACUCCAAAGGCUACGAGAGCACAGUGGACAGAUUCAGACUCCACAAGCCAGCCCUGCACGGCGAGAAGAGCCGGCCUCUGGACCCAGAGAUGCAGUGCCUACUGCUGGCUGACGGGAAGAGUUCCAUCUGCCCGAGCCACGUCGUCGUCCUGCCAGGGGACAGCGGGAACAGCAUGACCGCCAUCAGCUUCACGGGGGCCUUGAGAAUCCCGGGUGUGAUCGAGUUCUCUCUCUGCUUGCUCUUUGCCAAGCUGGUCAGCUACACUUUCCUCUUUUGGCUCCCGCUGUACAUCACCAGUGUGGACCACCUCGAUGCCAAGAAAGCCGGCGAGCUCUCCACCUUGUUCGACGUGGGCGGGAUCUUCGGUGGGAUUCUGGCGGGUGUCAUCUCCGACCGGCUGGAGAAGCGGGCCUCCACCUGCGGCCUGAUGCUGCUGCUCGCGGCCCCCACGCUCUACGUCUUCUCCUCCGUCAGCAAGAUGGGCCUGGAGGCCACCGUAGCCAUGCUGCUCCUCAGCGGGGCCCUGGUCAGCGGGCCCUACGCACUCAUCACCACCGCCGUCUCCGCCGACCUGGGCACUCACAAGAGUCUGAAAGGGAACGCGCACGCCCUGUCCACCGUGACGGCCAUCAUCGACGGCACCGGGUCUGUAGGAGCAGCCCUGGGCCCCCUGCUGGCGGGGCUCAUCUCGCCCUCGGGAUGGAGCAACGUGUUCUACAUGCUGAUGUUCGCAGACGCCUGUGCCUUACUGUUCCUGAUCCGCCUCAUACACAAGGAGCUGAGCUGCCCGGGGCCCACAGCAGGGGGCCAAGCUCCGCUAAAGGAACACUGACCCCGGAGUCCCGUGGAGGAAGGGCUGAGCCCGUCCUUCACAAACUGUGUUUGGAGAGAAAGCAAAGAAGGAGCCUGUCCUGAGAGGCUCGCCCUGGC